AAUCGUCAUGUUUGGAUUUAAAUAAAAAAUUCAUAUCAUUCACAAUAAGUCAACUCGAGGACAGGUCGAUCUUCCAGAUCUUGGAUCUUAUAACAGUGACUCACUUCUUGUAUGGAUUAUAGUCUUCCUUUUCUUUUGCAUCGAUGAGGAAAGAUCAUUGGAGUAGCACAGUCCAUUUCCACCUCCUGUGUCGCUUCCUGUUCGCCUUCUCUGUGCUCUCAUCAGUAUCCUUGAUCUUCUGGUCUCAGUCCUCUGCGUCCUGCAACGGCGAAGCCGCUCUCAACCCGGAGAAGCGGAACGAGUCCUACCAUCUCCUAGCCUUUCCCUCUGCGCUGAACCAGCUUUCCUUCUCCGCUAAACCUCCGCGGAGGCUCCUCAAGGUCGCUCUCUUCGUGAAGCGAUGGCCGCACCGCAAUCUCGCCGGCGGACUCGAAAGGCAUGCCUUGACCCUGCAUCUUGCGCUCGCGCGAAGAGGCCAUGAGAUACACGUCUUCACCACCAAGUCAAACGCCACCUUCCCCCGCCACAACGACGCCGCCAUGAGCUUCCACCAGACCCCGCCCUCCCCUGCUGGUUACCUCAACCAGGCGCUGGCGUGGGAGCAGUUCCAGACCGAGAACGCCACCGGCAGGCCCUUCAACGUGAUUCACUCCGAGAGCGUCGGCCUCCUCCACGGCCGCGCCCGGAACAUCAGCAACCUCGCUGCUUCUUGGCACGGGAUCGCCUACGAGACUAUACAUUCCGACGUCGUCCAGGAUCUGCUCCGCGGCCCCGACGAACCCCGGCGGCCUACAAUAACGGAAAGGCUCUCCAAAGUGAUCGAAGAGGUGAAAUUCUUCCCCCACUACGCGCACCACGUCGCGACGAGCGAUCACGUCGGCGACGUCCUCAAGAGGAUUUACAUGAUCCCGGAAGAACGAGUUCACAUCAUCGUGAACGGGGUGGACGAGAGCAUCUACAGGCCAGACCAAAAGAUGGGAGAGGAGUUUAGGAGGAAGGUCGGGGUACCUGACCGCGCGAGAUUAGUGAUAGGACUAGCAGGAAGGCUGGUGAAGGACAAAGGACACCCUCUCAUGUUCGAGGCACUGAAGCAGGUCUUUGGUGAGGAAGAGAGAUUCCAGAGGGACGUCUUUGUUCUGGUUGCUGGGGAUGGGCCGUGGGGCAACAGGUACAAGGAGCUCGGACGAAACAUCAUCGUUCUUGGUCCUCUGGAGCAAAGCGAGCUUGCAAAGUUCUACAACUCACUCGACGUUUACUUGAAUCCGACCCUCAGAGCACAGGGACUGGAUCAUACCUUCAUCGAAGCAAUGCUGUCAGGGGUGGCCAUCGCCGGCACACGGUUCGCGAGCAUUACAGGCUCUCUGAUAGUAGGAUCGAACGUCGGUUACACGUUCUUGCCAACAGUCGAGUCACUGAAGGAGUCCCUGUACAAGAUUAUGAAGGAUGGGAAGCAGGUUCUGUCGAAGAAAGGGGAGGUCGCCAGGAGCAGAGCGCUGCAUCUGUUUACGGCCACGAAGAUGGCCGCUGCUUACGAGAGACUCUUCCAGUGCAUCUCCAAGGAACCUGCAGUAAAGGACAACAUCGAUUACUGCCGAUACCCUCUUCCAUGGGAUUCGGGUAAACUGAAGUAGGACUCAUUUGAUGGUACGAGAUGGAAGUGAGAGUAUUGAAGCGUUUACAGUGGCAGUUUUCACAGGGUUGAUGAAGCUGAGAAAUUUGGGAGGAUGUACAUAUAAAACAGCCUUCAGAUUGAUCCAUAAGCAUCACCAUUUAGAUAGCUGCCAAUGAGCUGUGGAUCCACCUGGAUUGCUAUGACGAUCCAGGGCGCAAAAUCUUGCGGACUGCUGGGGAUGCGGAGUGCUGAAACUGGUUGAAUAUUGGUGCUUUAAUUCAUGCAUGUAUUAACUGGUAGCCUCCCUUUUCUGUGAUCAACCAUGACAAUCUCACUGUACUGAACACCUUUAGCAUUCCUAGUAUUUAGUUGACAACUAUGAGAUAAAAAGUUUAAAACUUAGUUGAGCACUUAGCAUAAAGAAGCUUCCAACCUUCGCAACAAUCCACAC